AAUGGCGAUUUGAAUAUUUCGAAGCGCGAAUAUAGCAAACUUUGGAGGGAUUGUUUUCCCAAUUGUGCACCUGUUUCGCUUGGGGAGCGACGGAUUCUGAUAAAGUUGCAAACACUACCAAACAGUGAAAUAAAGAUAUGAAACAUUAUCCCACUCAAAAAUAGGUUAUAGUCCAGAUGAAGAAUCGAAUUCACUGGUCCAUAAUAAAUACAGGUCAGUGGUCUAUUGCAUUGUGGGCAAUGUGGUGUUACCAAAUUAGCCAAUCACAAGCUGCAGUUUCGGUCAUGUGACAGUUUUUGACAGAUUGAGUGAUUGACAGUCAGUUUUCAAGACCAUGUGGACGCUGCGGUGGCAAGGAAAUUCGCUCUUCGUUUCAAGAAAAGAAAACCAGGCCGAAAUCUGUCGACGAAAGCUGGAUUCAAUGGUCGUGAGUUUUACAUUGUAAUGAUGGAGAAAUGUUACCAUUUUUCAUGCAAAUACAAAAUCUAAAAUUAAAUUCAAACCAGACAUUUUAUGAAAUCAAAAUCAAACCAGACAUUUUAUAAUAUACCCAGACAUUUGAGGCUCCUCUGUUUUUGGAUUGCAUGCAGUUCAGAUCCCAACCCUUGGUUAUAUCUUGCAUGUUUUGUCAGGAGUAAUGAGUAAGUAUAAGUGAUCAGCGGCCGGGGUCAUUUAUACUUUCUGUAUGCUCGACUGACCUAGUCCGGCAUAGGCAAAAUAUUGCUCUUGGAGCACACAAAAAAAGAGAUGCAUGUUGAGAUAUGAUCUUAAAAAGGGGGUAUAAUGGUCGAGUGUUAAAUGUCUGUCCCAUUUUUGAAUGAAGCAUGUGUUAAAUCUUGCUAAAUUUGCAUGUAAUUUCGAAAAUGCAUGAAAAUUUUGUAUUCGCAUGUACAAUGAGCGUCGUGGUGAAGAUGAUGUUGGUGGAGCUCAUGCAGAUGAUGAUGGACCAGCUGACGAUGACAGAUGAUGAUGGACCACCCGAUUACAGAUGAUGAUGGACCACCUGAUGACGAUGAUCAGCAGAUGAUGAUGGACCGCCCGAUGACAGAUGAUGGACCGCCCGAUGACAGAUGAUGAUGGGCCGCCCGAAGACAGAAGAUGAUGGGCUGAAGACAGGUUUGAUGGGUGGUAUUAUUCAGUUUUCAUACAUUCUAUCCUGUGCAUGCUUGUUUUCCUGGUGGUCUGCUCUAAAUGUGUAAUACAUUAAGUGAAAUUCCCAUUUUGACAUUGAUGAUAAAUAAAAAUUCCGGAUUGCAUGCAGAACAAUUAAAUUAAUGUAUACAGCAUGUUUGAUUCUUUGAAAAUGCAUGUUUCUGUUUUAUCACUUAAUGUGUAAUGCAAUUGGUGAAAUUAAUGCAUGAUAUUACUGAAGUGUCCAAUGGUGCGGCUAAAAAUGAUGAAGCAAGAACUCAACUUGAAGAAUGGAAUUCGUACAAAGGUAACUGUGAACAAGAACCAGGUAUGCAUAUGAUUGUUUUUGUUUGUUGGCACAUAUACAUAAGGCAUUGGCAUUAAAAAUUUGCAACAAAAUAUUACAGUAAUGCGCCACAAGAUUGAUUUCUGUAAGUGCAUGUGCGAAUGAAAAUAGCUAAAAUAAUAGCAUUAUUUUAAAAAAGCGAAUUAUUUUCAAAGCUUUUUAUGUAUUAAUGUCGUACCAUACUUGAUCACCUCUGGCAAUAUUUUACCGUGAAUCUUUCCUGUUUUUUAGAAAGAAAUCGAGGAACAAUUAAGGAAAGAGGAAGAAGAGGCAAAAUCUCGACAAGCUGCUCUUGAACAAGAGAGAUUAGAUCACGAACUGGCCUUGCGUUUGGCAAAGGAAUCCAACUCGAACAGGGAUUAUUUUAAGGAAAUUUUAUCACUGCACAAAAGCGCAAAAAGGAUAAAAUUUGUAUCAUUUUCCCCACAUUACAGAAAAACUUCUGACUGACCUACUUGUUCUGAUUCUUCAACCCAUGCAUUACACUAUAUACAUGCUAUCAAAUGAGCCAAAAUCCCAGCUGAGCCUAUAUCACCAUCCUCUAUUUUUAUAACAUUAGCAAUAUUAAAUAUCAACACUUUCUCACAUAGGCCUAUUUUUUGCAAAAUGUCAAUGCAUCUACAUUACUUAGCACUCAUCUUUAAAGAAUUUUCUAACAAGCAACUAUGAAAUGUAAUGUAAUUUGUCGAAAAAUACCACAUUUAUCACUGCACAUAUUCUCAUUUAUCACUGCACAAAUCUCAUUUAUCACUGCACAAAUUGGUUAUCACUGCACACUAAAAUAAUCCCUGAACUCGAAUGUAGAACCCAUGGAGGAACAAAAAGCUAUUAAAAGAGCAGCCUCCUUGAAAGAUCCGAAUAAGAAAUAUGACCUGAGUAAAUGGAAAUAUGCUGAGUUAAGAGACGCCAUCAACACCUCGUGCGAUGUCGAGUUAUUAGAAGCUUGUAAACAAGAGUUCCAUCGCCGUCUUAAGGUUUAUCAUCAGUGGAAAAAUAAAAAUAAGGCAUCGAAGUCGACGGGUCAAAGUGCUGGUGAUCAAAGAGCACCUCAAGAGGUCGUGGAAGAAGUUGCAAGUCAUGCAAGCGUUAGUAAGCCAACUUACAGACUUCCCCCGCGUCGAUCACAGCGAUAUUUCCGCGUUCCCUUUGUGAAGCCCGGUGACGAGUAUCGUGACAACGACUUCAAGAAGCGCGGGUACUGGUUCGCCCAUUUUGACGGGCAAUGGAUAGCCCGCCAGCUGGAGAUACACCCGAGCGGAGUGAACGUUGUCCUGGUCGCGGGCACAGACGAUCUUGAUAUGUACCAGCUGAGUCUGGAUGAAACAGGUUUGACUCGCAAACGUGGCGCUGAAAUAACAAAACGUGAAUUUGAAUUUAGUUGGCAGAAAUGUGGCGGCAAAUCAGAUGCUUAUAAACAACCGACUUUUGAAUAAAAUCACUUCACCUAGGAUUUUUUUGAGUUCUCACCAAAAUAGAACUUCAUUUCUUUCCUAAAUCUAAUUUGGAGGAGAUAGACUGGAAAGAACCUCACAUAAUAUCUUCGCAAAUCAAUUUCCACAAUAGAACACUGUUCGACAGUUUUGGAGCAUGUUUUUACAAUGAUCUCGCAAUAUUAUUGAACUUCAAUUUUUUUUUCAUUGCACCUACAUGAGCAUGCACUGC